UGUACAGCAGACUGAAGUAGUUGCAUUCUGUUUGGCCACCUUUCAUUAGAGCUCAAACAAAACCUUCCUGGAUGGGAGUGAAAAUGUGAGUGGACUAAGCAGCCAUAUUUACAGGACUACUGUAAAAGAGCAGGCCAGUUAUGGGACCUGUUCAAGGGAUCUUUAACUUCACAAGUUGUAUGUGCAGCAGUGCUAUAUGUCCAGUUUGUGGCUGCUGUCCAAACAAAAGGAACUCCACACUGACCAGAAUCAUCUAUGCCUCCAUCCUCUUCUUGGGCACCAUUGUUGCCUGUUUAAUGCUAUCACCAGGAGUGGAGCAGCAACUAAGAAAGGUCCCAGGUUUCUGUGAGGAUAGCAAAGGCUUAUUUUUUGCAGGCCAGCAAGCUUAUUUGAAGUGUGAGAUGUUCCUGGGCUACAAAGCAGUGUACCGCUUCUGCUUCGGCAUGAGUAUGUGGUUCUUAAGUUUUUCCAUUUUUACAGUUAACAUCAAGACCAGCAGAGAUCCUCGUGCUUCAAUACACAAUGGAUAUUGGUUCUACAAGUUUGUUGCCUUGGUGGCAAGUACUGUUGGUGCCUUUUAUAUCCCAGAUGAACCUUUCAUUUACACAUGGUUUAUCAUAGGCUCUGGUGGAGCUUUCUUUUUUAUUCUGAUCCAAUUGGUGUUGCUUGUGGACUUUGCUCACUCAUGGAAUGAAUCCUGGGUGGGGAAAAUGGAGAAAGGCAAUUCCAGAGGCUGGUAUACAGCUUUGCUGGCUGUCAUGACCCUUAACUACGGUACUGCAUUUACUGCUGUUGUAUUGUGCUUCAUCUUCUACACCAAACCUGACGUUUGUUUCAUCAACAAGUUCUUCAUCAGCUUUAAUGUGAUGUUGUGCACCGUGGCCUCUGUUGUUUCUGUGCUGCGCAAAGUACAGGAAUUUCAGCCACAUUCAGGCCUGCUCCAGUCUUCUUUCAUCACCCUGUACACAGUGUUUUUGACCUGGUCUGCCAUGACAAACGAGCCUGAUCAAGAAUGCAACCCCAAUCUGCUCAAGCUCUUCCAUCAGAUCACUGCUCCCACUCUUUGCCCUCUGGAAACAGAAAACCAGACAGCCAUGGUGAUCAUUGGGGCUGAGGAACCUUUUCAGACAUCCCCGUACUUACAGUGGUGGGAUGCCCAGAGCAUUGUGGGGCUGAUUAUGUUCGUCCUGUGCAUUCUUUACUCAAGCAUUCGCUCAUCAAGCACAAACCAGGUAAACAAGUUGACCAUGGCCUCCAAACCUUCAGCUAUUCAUAUUAAGGAGAGCAGCAGGAGUGAUAUGUCUGAGGAGUCACUGGGGCCCAGGAAGGUGGACAAUGAACAAGACACGGUCCAGUACAGCUACUCCUUCUUCCACUUCAUGCUUUUUUUGGCAUCUCUCUACAUCAUGAUGACACUUACCAACUGGUACAGUUCGGAGGCGCAGACCAGCAGAGAGGGGCAAAACACAGCACACACACUGGAGGAGAAAAGAACCCUGCACUCUUGUGACAUAAUCCUGAGCAGGAGGAGAAGACAGAUCGAUGUAGUUUCGCCGAGCUCCACACAGCUCCACACAUCAAUCUGGAAUCGCUGCCAUCGGGAGGGAUUUCAAUUCCACAUAAGAUUUAUGAGGCAAUCAGGAUUGCCGCGUUUUCAUAGACGUGACAUAUCAGAGAAGUGACUCUUUUGAUUCAAACAACUGUGAUGAUCUCGGCACUCGUGCUGGUUUGAUCCACAAUUCAGCACACCUGCUCAACUCCACCCUGCCUGCAAUUAGCUCUCACUGGUUCCACCUGUUUUCACUUUCAAAUAAUCCCCCUGCAGAUCAGCUACCAGUGCCAGAUUGUCUCAAGCCACCCAUUGCGAACUUUCCAGCAUUUUCUGAUCCUGCCUGCCUGCCUGUCCGUUAUCCGACCUGUUCUGCCUGAUCGUUACUGAGCCUGCCUGCCCCUGUCUCGAUUCUGCCUGACCGCCUGGAAACCUGACCUGAUCUGUCCUUGGACCUGCCAACCUGCCCGACCUGUGCUGCCUGCCCGUUUACCCGACCCUGCCUGUGUGUGAGUACCGGAAUCUGCCUAACCCUUGUGAAAUCUCUGAGCCCGCCAGUUAUCAGACCUAGACCGGACAUGGACCUUCCCUCUCAGAUCUUCCUACCUUUACUGCCGCUGGAUCUCUGCCUUUCUGUUUAUGGACCCGGACCCCUCUGGAUAACGCCCCUGAAAAUCCCUGAACGGAUUAUCUGCCUGCCUGUUGGCUGCUCAACGGCUUCUGCCCCGAAAGCCCAAAGUCGGAUUCCCGCCCCAGACCUGUUCGCCAACCUUAAAGCCGGCUCCCCAGGCUCUGGAGCCCCGCAAUCAGGUUAGUGAUCCAGCCUAUCUCACUCUUGCCUGUUACCACCAGCUGAUCACUAACCUGUUGUCUCUGCCACAGGGGAUUUCCUGUACAAGAGCAAGCAGUGCCCGCCAACUUCCUGCGUCUGUUUGUUCUUUUAAUAAAACUUGUUUGAAAUGUCA